AUGAAAGUGAACAUAUUUGAAAACCAAUUUCAGAAACAAUUGCCUAACAUCUCAAAGACACCACAAGCAAAAAGCUAGUAGACUUUAGAACAUAUAUUUAAUACUUCCUUAAAAUAACCGAGACAAUUAAAUGAUCAUUCAGUGAAAUCCCUUCAUAACUUAAAUAAUGUCUCGUUUAUUCGAAAUGAAAAGCAUGAUGUCAAAUAAGAUGUAUUAAUACAUUAUUUAAUAUAGCAAUAUUAUACAUCUCCAUUGCUUAACAAGACAUAAUUGCUUGAAAUUGAGAGGCAAAGCAAAUAAAGAAGGAAUGAUAUGUAUUCCUAAAUGCUGAGCGAGAAUCCUUUUAAAUUUAAUGAUUCCUAAGAGGAAAUCACAUUAGAACAUCCUAGAAGUAAUUAUUGAAAAUCGAUUAUUUCUCUAGAAGUAUCUUCUAUUCAUGUUAAUCUAUUUGAUUUGAAGGACAAAGAGAAAUUAACUCAACUCCUAUAAGAAACUAGCGAAUUUUCAGAUAAACUCUCUCAGCAUAAUCCGCAAUAAAAACCUGCUAAUGUUAUAGUGCAAAGACAGGACGUGAUCAAAUUAGCUCAAUGGAUUGAUUAUCAAAUGAAAACUAUUGUCGAAGACACCAAACUAAAAGAAGAUUAGAUGCUUCAUCAAGUUGAGCAAGUCUUUAACUAAAGUCUCAAAGAGUUAGUAAGAGAAAUCUCAAUUGAUUGUAUAGAAAAAGGGUAAAAUUUAAUAAUCAAUUAGAGUACUAUUGGAGAAGAUUUGGAAUCAAUACGUUAAUUUUAAUAGUAUUGUAAUUCAGGCGAUUCAGCAGGAGAAAAUCAAUUCAGAGAAUGAGUAUUUAAAUGAUUUGAAACAAGUAAUCUUCAUCAUACUAUUUAGAUUCAUUAAACCUAUCAAAUGUCCGUUAAGGUUCAAGAAGAUAAAAUUAAGUUAUUAGAAACGUAAUUACAAUAACUGCAAUAUAAACACAAUGAAAAAGUAGUUGAUUAUGAUAAUUUGUUGCAAAAAUAUGAUUACUUGGUCAACUAGUACAAGGAACUAAAAUCAGAGGACUAAGAAUUAAAAAAUGAUUAUUCGAUUGCUAUGAAUGACAUCGACUAAUUAACCUAAUAAAUCAAUGCGUUAUAAAUAGAAAACCAAAAGACUUUAAAAUCAUUAAAUGAUAGAAUCAAUUACUCUUUUUAAAAAUCUAAAAGAUAAUCCUAUAUAUUCUCAGAUACUGAUGCAUUAUAUCCUGAUCACAAAUCCACUAGUUGCUAUGAUCUAUACACUACGAUGGAGAUACACGUAAGUUAGGCUUGUCAAACAAUUCAAUUAACUGAAUUACGCUCUUCUGAAGCUCAAACAGAUUUUAAAUAUUUCAAAUAAGUUGGUGUUUAAUGUUCAGAAUUGAUCGUUGAAGAAUAGCGUCCCUAAUCCAACCAUUAAAAUGAAAAGUAAAUUUUUUUAUAUCUAGAAAUAACCAUGUCUAAAUGGAAGAGGUCAGAAAAUUAAAAGAGUAAAACUUUGCAUUAGAAGAAAAAAUAAGAAUGGAAAUUUAAGCUCAAAAUGAGUUAAGAAAGUAGAGAUAAUAAGUUCAAAGGGAGAGUGACUAAUAAAAAAUAAAAAUAGCGAAUCUGGAAAAUACUAUCACACAAUUAUAAAUAGAUUUAGAUAAUUUAUAAACUCAAAUUGAGAAUAAGUAGGAUUCCAAAUAAAAAGAAAUUACAGUUGUUAGUAUUGAUUAAAAGAAUACGGAUUAAUAGAUGACACUUGCUCCCUAAUUUACAUCUUCUACAAUGAAAACUCAAUAAAAACAAGAUACCUAACAUAAGACUUAAGAGAAUCUUCCAGAAAUAAAAUAAAAUAAUUCAUAAUCAAAAAAGUAAGUCACUCAAGAUUAAGUAAAGUAAACAUAGAAAUAAUAAUAGUAGUAAUAGUAAUAAUAGUAAUAAUAAUAGUAAACAAUGAAAUAAACCAAUAAUAAUGGUUUUAAUAAAGUUAAAUCUGUUGAUGUUAAAGAUUAAAAAAAAUAAGUUAAGAUAAUCAAAAACUCUUAACUCAUUCCUCGAAAAACUUCUUAAGAUUCUGUCCAUAAUAUUAAUAAUAGUUAAGAUAAUGAUACUAAUGCAAACUCCAAUGAAGACUUCUUAAGUAGAGCUUUAGAAGAAUUAACUAAAGAUGGACGUUAACUUAAAAUAACGCAAAACUCAAACCAAAGGCUUAGCAUCGUAUAAUAACGAAGACAAACUCAAUAAUAAAAUUAUAUUCUCAUUUAAUAAGAGAAAUAAUGUAAAUAUUUUGAUAAAAUUGAUAGAGCAAAUAUUAUAGAGAUUGUUAAAGGAUAAAAAAGAAAACAUUUAUGUUGACGUUGCUCUAGCUUUCAUCAAUCAAUUACAUUAAGACUUCUAAAUGAAUCCGAAUUAAGUAGAAAAUACCUUAACUAUUUAAAAUUCUUUAAAAUAAAUAUCAUUAUUUUAUAAAGAGAAAUUGGAUUCUAAAUAUCCUCUUUAUGCCAUCUGCUAUGAGUAUUACAUGAACUAGUAUGGUUUAAAAAAUGUAGCCGAAUAAAAAAUGACUCAAUUUUGUUAAAGUCUAAUUGUUUAUCAAUAGAAUUACAGAAUCAAGUUAUUUGCUCGAUUUUUACACUUAUUUGAUAAUAUUUCAAAUGAAGAUUUUGAAUUUUACAUAUAAUCUUUGAGUUAAUUGGAUGAAUAUUAGAAUGCUCAGAAUUUGAUAUAGUGUACUCCUUCGCAUGAUUGUGUUAUGGUACUAUUUCAGAAGGUUAAAUAAUAACUAUAGAGUUUUAAUAACACUGGCAAAGAGUUGAUAGACAAAUUUGCCAUUCAUUGCAAAAACAUAAAAGGAGAAAGUUAUUUAGAUUUAGAUUAAUACUAUUUAGAAGCAUUAGAAUAAUUUCAAUUCGUUAGGAAGGUCUAAAAUGAUAAUUUUCAUCAAUUAUUUUUAGCCAUAGAUGUUGAUGAUAACCAAAAAAUAAGCGAAGAUGAGUUUAAGAUUCUCUAUACUUUAAUAGAGGAUAAUAAAAACAUGCUCAAAUACAAAAAAUUAUUUUAAAUAUAGUGUUAAAAUGAAAAUGGACUUAACUUUUAUUAGUUUGGAUUGUUUUGCAUGCAUAACAAUUUAUUUACUAAAUAAAAGUAAGAUAAAUUCUUCCUCUCUCACUAAGCAGAACAAUAAUUGCUGUAAUUAAAGAUAACUUGGGGACAUUAAAGAAAAAUAAUAAGCUAACGAUUGAGGGAUUCCAAUAAUUUCACCUAAUACUAUCAAGAUUUGAUUAGAAAAUUAGAUGAAGUAUAAAAAUAUUAAUUAUAAAAGGGACUUAAAAGUAACUAAAAUUAUGCUUGGAAUCUAUGGAGAAUUUUAGAAGAACAAUCAAAGAAACUUUUAUUAAAUAAUUAAUUAAUUAUUUUGAUCGGAUCAGACUUAUGCUAUAUUUGUGAUAAAUAUGAAUAAUUAUUCUCAAAUAAUUGA